AUGAAUGAGAAAAGUAUUGGCCGAAAUACUUCAUGUGAUAAUUUUACCACCGUAUAUGAUAUUACAGCACAACAAUGGAGUGAAUUAAAAACUGCAAAAAGUUUUACAACAAAUCGAAAAUCUAUUCAAUGUAUUGUUUCAGGAAAUAGUAUUUAUGUUUAUGGAGGGGUUGCAAAUCAUAACGACAUUAUUAAAUUAGAUACAUUAACUAUAACUUGGACAGAAUUAUAUCCUGGACCAGCACCAAUUGGAGGAAUUCAAGGCUAUAGUGCAAUACUUUUAAAUAAUUUAUCUAUAUUAUAUAUAGGAGGUCAACCAGGUGGAAAUGUCAGGACACUUCCUUAUCCUUUAUUUGAUCAGAAUACAUCAGGGAAUAUUCCUCCGUCACGCUACGAUCACAGUGCCGUCUUUAUAUCUCAAUUUAAUCAGAUUUUAAUAUUUUAUGGAUAUUCGAGUUAUUCAACUAUGUCAAUUAUGGCGCUUGAUACCCUUAAGUUUGAAUGGUCAAUUCCUACAAUUAAAAAUGCUGGUGGACCUACUAUUGGAUUAAGACGUUUUACAUCAAUACUAAUUGGGACUUAUGUUUUUAUUGCAUUUGGUGCAUUAAAUACUAAUGGAAAUAAUAGUACAAAUAAUGUCUUCCUUCUCGAUGUGAGUCAAAAAAAUAAUUAUGAAUGGGUUACAUCAUAUGAUCCUAUUAAGUCAUUCCAAUCAGUCCCAACUACGACAAUACCAUCAGCAACUUCUAGCGCUUCACCAAGUAAUAAUGUUACAGCAUCUAAUCUAUCUAAUAAUAUUAAAAUUAUCGGUAUUGUUUUUGGUGCAAUUUCAGGACUUAUAAUAUUAUCAGCUGUUGCAAUUCUUAUUAUUAGAAGAUUUUGUCAUACUCAUUCUUUUACACUGCAAGAUGAUGAACCAAGUAACGAAGUCUCUGGUUAA